CUUCUUGUGCCGGUGUCCGCACAUGGGGUUCUAGGGCUGUGGAUGUGCUUACAGGAACUGUCACCACUAGUCUUCGACGUCUUUGGACCCUCUUCCUUUCACUUUCUUUUGUUGACUCCUGUGUGACCCUCGUAGGAUUCUGUUUUGGCUGCAGCGAUGUCUGGGGUGAUGUGGACCCCGGAGCUGGCCCUCCUGAGGGGCUUCCCCACUGAGGCUGAGCUGCAGCAGUGGAAACAGGAGGGAGUCGCCGGUUCGGGUGAGAGGGGUGCACCUGCCAAGGAGGGACUGAGGCCAGAGAGUGGAUCUUUCCUACAAUUGCUGCUAGAAGGGAACUAUGAAGCCAUAUUCUUAAAUUCAUUGACACAAAAUAUUUUAAAUUCAGCAACGAUGACUGAAGAAAAGAUUGACAGCUAUCUAGAGAAGCAGAUAGUAACAUUCCUGGAUUACUCAACAGAUUUGGACAAAACCAGAAGACAACAGCUGAUAUUCCUACUUGGUGUGAGCAGUUUGCAACUUUUUGUUCAGAGUAACUGGACGGGGCCUCUUGUUGAUUUACACCCUCAGGAUUUUUUGCCGUCUGUUUUGUUCCAGCAGUUUAGUGAGGUCAAAGGACUGGAUGCACUCGUUCUGAGUUUGCUCAUUCUAGAUGGUGAAUCAAUCUACAGCCUGACCUUGAAGCCUAUACUGCUGUUAUUAGCACGAAUUUCCCUAGUGAAUGUAAGACAUAGGCUGACAGCUAUUCAGAGCUUGCCAUGGUGGACUUUGAGAUGUGUGAAUAUUCACCAGCAACUGCUUGAGGAACGCUCACCUCAGCUCUUUGCUCUUGCUCAAGACUGUAUUGAUCAAGUGAUGAAACUAGAGGAUCUGUUUGUAGAUGAUUCAGGUCGGUAUUUGGCUGUUCAGUUCCAUCUGGAAUGCGCAUAUAUAUUUUUAUAUUAUUAUGAAUAUAAAAAAGCAAAAGAUCAGUUCAAUAUUGCUAAAGACAUCUGCAGAUUAAAAAUUGAUUUGACAGGUGCUUUGGGAAAAAGGACAUGGUUCCAGGAAAAUUACGUGGCUCAACUUAUUCUAGAUGUAAGAAGGGAAGGAGCUGUGUUUUCAAAUUAUGAAUUCACUCCAGCACCCACUCCUCAGGAAUAUUUAACCAAGGUUAGUAGGAUUAAUAUUGAGCUCAAUGAUGAUACUGUUCUAAAUGAGAUAAAGUUAGCAGAUUGUGAACAGUUUCAGAUGCCUGACCUGUGUGCUGAAGAGCUUGCUGUUAUCCUUGGAAUCUGCACAAAUCUCCAAAAGAAUAACCCAGUGCAUACGUUAACUGAAGAGGAGCUGCUGGCAUUUACAUCAUGUUUGCUUUCACAACCCAAGUUCUGGGCCAUUCAGACAUCAGCUUUGAUCCUCCGGACAAAACUUGAGAGAGGAAGCACACGCCGAGUGGAACGGGCAAUGAGGCAGACACAGGCUCUUGCAGACCAAUUUGAAGAUAAGACUACGUCUGUAUUGGAACGUCUGAAGAUUUUCUAUUGCUGUCAAGUGCCACCUCAUUGGGCCAUUCAGCGCCAGCUUGCAAGUUUACUCUUUGAGUUGGGAUGCACCAGUUCAGCCCUUCAGAUAUUUGAGAAGCUAGAAAUGUGGGAGGAUGUUGUCAUUUGUUAUGAAAGAGCUGGCCAGCAUGGGAAGGCAGAAGAAAUCCUCAGGCAAGAGCUGGAGAAAAAAGAAACACCAAGUCUAUACUGCUUGCUUGGAGAUGUCCUUCGAGAGCACUCUUACUACGACCAGGCCUGGGAGUUGUCUCAGCACCGCAGCGCUCGCGCCCAGCGCUCCAAAGGCCUCCUCCAUCUGCGAAGCAGAGAGUUUAAAGAAUGCGUGGAGUGCUUCGAACUCUCGGUGAAGAUUAAUCCCAUGCAGCUCGGGGUGUGGUUUUCUCUUGGCUGUGCCUAUCUGGCCUUGGAAGACUAUGGAGGUUCAGCAAGGGCAUUUCAGCGCUGUGUGACUCUAGAACCCGACAAUGCUGAAGCUUGGAACAAUUUAUCAACUUCUUAUAUCCGAUUAAAACAAAAAGUGAAAGCUUUUAGAACUCUACAAGAAGCCCUCAAGUGCAACUAUGAACAUUGGCAGAUCUGGGAAAACUACAUUCUCACUAGCACUGACAUUGGGGAAUUUUCAGAAGCCAUUAAAGCUUAUCAUCGGCUCUUGGACUUAAGAGACAAAUACAAAGAUACUCAGGUCCUUACGAUUCUGGUCAGGGCGGUGAUGGAUGGGACGGCUGAUCGUGGUGGGGAUGUUGCACCUGGCCUCAGAGGAAAGCUGCAGGAGCUGUUUGGCAGAGUAACUUCAAGAGUGACGAACGACGGAGAAAUCUGGAGGCUGUAUGCCCAAGUGUGUGGAAAUGGGCAGAGUGACAAGCCUGAUGAAAAUGAAAAGGCGUUCCAGUAUCUCUCUAAGGCAUACAAGUGUGACACACAGUCCAGUUGUUGGGAGAAAGAUAUUACAUCAUUUAAGGAAGUGGUUCAGAGAGCCUUAGGACUCGCACAUGUGGCUAUAAAAUGCAGUAAAAACAAAUCCAGUCCCCAAGAGGCUGUACAAGUGCUUUCUUCAGUUCGACUCAAUUUACGGGGCUUGUUAUCUAAAGCAAAGCAACUUUUUACAGAUGUGGUAAGUGGAGAAAUUUCCAGGGAGUUAGCUGAUGAAACAGCAGCAAUGGACACCUUAGUAACAGAGCUUCAAGACCUAAGCAACCAAUUUCGAAAUCAAUAUUGACCAUCCUCGGAACAGCUUCUGGAAAAGGUGCUUCACCUAGUGGAAUUUCUCUUAUACCUGUGUAUCUAAACCACAAGAUACUGAUUUUUAAAAUAAAUUUCUCUUGUGUGGGUAACA